AUGGGACUCGGUUUGUGUUGCGAGAACACUGGACAAAUGAGCACCUGUGUGAGGUCGACGGGGGAAUCCGUGGUGGACGUUACCUGGUCCUCUCCAGGGGCAUCUCGGUCGCUAUCCAACUGGCGGGUGCUACAAGAGGAGACAAUGUCGGACCACCUGUACAUAACAAUGCGGGUGGGUCUGACAAAGUCACAGGCUCUGAGGAAUAUGAUCAAGGAGCAGAGAUGGGUCGCCAAGAAAAUGAACAAUGACCUGUUUGAGGCAGCCCUCCUGGCUCGCACAUGGCCUACCGGCGGUCAACAGCCGCAGUCUCUGGGAGAUUUGGAGGAUGAAGCCUGUAAAAUUCAGCAGAUGAUGGUCGAGGCCUGCGACGUCGCGAUGCCCAGAGCGACACCGGAGAAGACAAACGGUAUACUGGUGGAGGAAACGGACCAGGAGAAGCUGGACCAAAAGAUCCGGGAGUAUAGAUCGGCGAAGAAGACCCUGAGAAUCGCGAUCCACAAGGCAAAGGAACAGUCUUGGAAAAACUUGACAGAGUCCCUCAACGAAGACCCAUGGAGUACGGCGUAUCGCGUGGUCCUCAAUAAAUUGAGACCCUCGACGGUACCAUAUUCGGAAUCGAUGGAGCCACCAUUCUUGAAAGAGACUCUAAAUACUCUGUUCCCGGCUUCGGUCAGAUCAUCACGGGAGUGGAAGUAG